UUCCGCAGAGCUUGCGUAGUGCUACUUCACGACAUCGAGUCCCCUCAGUCCGGCAGGUGCAAGGGAAGGGUCCGCAUUUGGUUAGUAGCUAUGGCGCUGAACAGGAACCAUUCGGAGGGGGGCGGCGUCAUCAUCAAUAACAGCGAAAGUAUCUUGAUGACUUAUGAUCAUAUCGAAGUGACAUUCCAUGAUAUGGAACACAUGCCAGAUGCAUUUAAAGGGACCAAGAAAGGCAGUGUCUUCAUGACCCCAUAUCGAGUCAUCUUUGUGUCUAAAGGAAAAGAUCCAAUGCAGUCUUUCAUGAUGCCCUUUUAUUUGAUGAAAGAAUGUGAGAUUAAGCAGCCUGUUUUUGGAGCAAAUUACAUCAAGGGUGCUGUGAAAGCAGAGGCAGGAGGUGGUUGGGAAGGAUCUGUAACAUUCAAAAUGACAUUCUCAGCUGGAGGUGCAAUAGAAUUUGGACAGCGCAUGCUGCAAGUAGCAUCUCAAGCCUCAAGAGGUGAGGUCCCCAAUGGAGCUUAUGGUUACUCAUACAUGCCGAAUGGGGGCUAUACCUUUCCACCACUUGCUGCAAAUGGGAUGUACCCUACUCCUCCUUCAGGGUACCCUUACCCACCACCACCUCCUGCGGAAUUGUAUCCUGGUCCCCCAAUGGACGGAGAUAUGGGAUACAUGCAGCUUCCUCCACCUCCUUAUCCUGGGCCCAUGGAACCACCUGCUGCUGGCCCAGACCUUCCCUCCACUCCAGCAGCUGAAGCAAAGGCUGCAGAAGCUGCUGCGAGUGCUUAUUACAACCCAGGCAACCCUCAUAACGUCUACAUGCCGAUGGAUCAGCCUCCUCCUCCUCCAUACUUUCCUCCAGAGGACAAGAAAACCCAAUAAACAGCCAUCACACACAGUGCUUCCUCAUUUCCAUUUGGCUAAAUAUUGAUUAGGGAUAUGACAAUGAUAAGGACCUUCUAGCCUCCCUCCAAUGCACGCAACUCCCAUGAACAGCAGUGGUAGAUACGUGUGGCAUUAGGAAAGAGAUUCUAACAUUUUCUUGGAUUGUCUUGCAUACACACCCACCCACCCUAAGAAUAUAUUGUUUUCUUCUUUCUCCAUGUCAAUAUUAAUGAAAGAAAGGUUUUGUUCUUCCGCUCCCAUCCCAUCUUUCAAGUGUCCUGGAGAACAUUCCUUUCUGAACAAAAACUAUUUAAACUGAAACCUACAAGCAGCUUUUGAAUUUGGAAGGUGUCAACAUUGUGUUGACCAGCUCUCAUGAAGCUUCAGAAGAAAAUCAACUCUGUGUUCAAUCCGUCGGUUCUUUGUUGCAUGAACCCUGCCAUAUUGUGACCAAGGAAAUGCACUGAUCUUCUGACAAGAUAACCUAAUGGCACGUACUUAGACAUUUGGUUCUAGAUACACACUGGAAUUUUCUGGAGUUUUUUUCCACAAGAUGCAUGUAUGGUCGCAUGUAUGCAUCAUUAAUUAAUUUUGAACAUUCCUAACUAUUCAUUUAUGCAUCUUAGUUAUUUUCUUUCUUACAACCACAAAAUGAUGGAUGCAUGAUUCUAGCAAGUAAAGCAUCUUACCUCUACAGCUAAUAUGGAAGUUGACUUGUCCAAUGUUGUUUGAUCAGUUGUCUAAACUCCAUCCUAGCAGCUGAAAGUAUUUCUAAGGAAGAAGAUAGCUCACAUUUUGACUUGUUUAUUUAUUUAGUUUGCUUUUUCAAUUUAUUGUUUUCAUUUUAUCUCUAGUGUUCUGAGCACAUCUGAAACAAAGCUGUUCCCCUUUAGCUGCAUGUGUUCAAACAGCCAUCGCUCUCUCCAUUGGGUAAGAUUACCUUCCAGCUGGGUAAUUUUUUUCAGUUGAUGCCUAAACUGACAAAUGGAGAGAGUGUGUAAAGAGCAAAUACCUCUUGGGGGUUUCUGCAUCUUCUGUUCCCUCUAGCUGAAUUCUUAAUUCAGUGCAAUGCCACAUACAACAACACUACAAUAAGGUCUGGCCCUUGUUUUUCCUGUACCAAAAUAUGGGAAAGAAAAGGGAGGGAGAAUAUUUGGAAGUGGUUUUAUAUGAUGGUAGUGCUUGGGCACAUAUGGUUCCCAACUUCCCAAAGAUCUCAGAAACAUGCACCUGAACACCUGAAAUUCACUUUAUACAGACACAGCUGAGUCUCCUAGCAUCUGUGGAUAACUGAAAAUCCACUAUGGAUUUUAUUAGCAUUGCUUCAGACUUUCAAAGGAAUAAAAUUAAAAUCUGGCUUGUAUACAAUUUCCCAUCUUUUCCUAUAAUUUCUGGUAAUACAAGCACAUUACAUUGCAGAUCCCUGGAAUGCUAGCUUACUGAGCCAAUGCUGAAAGCUUGGAGCUCCUUUCACAGUUGCUUUGAUCCUGAGAACCAGGUGGUGUUUGAGUCAAUGCUAGUUCAUUCUAGCACUGUGCACAUUGCAACUCUGUUUCACUCAGCAGUAGACACCAACUGUUUCCUGUUGUUGCUGCAGAAAUGUCCCAAGGAACGAUGCAGAUAGCAUCUGUUGCCAAGAAUAUGGCGAUGUAGGAUGGUUUAACUACAUGACUCUGCAAUGCUUGAUUUUUUCUUCCCAGACUUAGCGGUGUUUCAUUUUGACCUUGCAAAAUACUGACCUUGUAAGCUUCUAGGGGAUGGAAGUGCAAACUUCUUUGUUUUUUUAAAUGUCCCCAUGUGCAUUGAUUUCAGUAGCAGUCACCUUGCUAAUUUGCUGCAGGAUGGAGUGAUAGCCAAGCAGGUGAGGACUUUGAUUUUCUACAGGAUGCAAAUUCAGUGCAUGUGCUUUUUUGCAGAGCCUUUUCCAGCAGGACCUUUAAAAACAUCCUGUACUAAUUAUGCUUUGCCCUGACCGGCAAAGUCCAACUCUGAAGUCCUUAGUUUGAUUUCCCAAAUGCUUUCUAGCUGACCAAGACUUUUGUGCACAUACUUUUUGUGCACUGUCCCGCCCCCCUAGAUUUGCUAUUUAAACUGCAGUGAUGUAAAGAAAUGGUUAUUUUAAGAAUAGGUAUGUAUUUUGGAGAACUUCUAUUAAUAUAUUAUGGAUGUGAAACAGUUCAUUUGAAUGCAAAGCUGUCUUUUGAUUUGCUAAGACUGUGAAGUAAAGAUAACAUUCAUCAAA